UGCGUGACAGCCGGCCAGCUCUCUGUUUGGUCAAUACAUACUUUAUUUUUCUCCUCUGUGUGUGUGUGAGUGUGUUUUUUUUAAACAGUGUUUCCAUUUCACUGUUUACUCUCAAGUCUCAGCUGAGUUGGUGUACAGGUACAGGUGCUACAGGAGGACUCGAAAUGAAGUUUAUAACACGCAAUAAACAACAUUCAGCUUCUGCCAGAGGACAACAGAGGAGGAUUUUCCUUUUCUGAGCAUCUUACUUGAUUUGAAGAGGAGACACCUGCUGCACCUGCCUGCCUGCCUGUGGACAGAAAAACACUUCCAGCACCGAGUUUCUUCUCUGAACUUCUUCACUGUUACUUUUUAUUACUACUGAAAACGUAAUAUGACUUUUUAGCACUCAAAAAAAGGACGUUUAUUCAGAACAACUUCGGUGGUUUUGGGAGAGAAGAUGGAGCUGGCCGGGACAGCAGCAAAGUGUCUGACUUUGCUUUUUCUACUUGCAAUAAGCGUGAAUGGUGAUUUCGUGGAGCCCCCUGAGGCCGCCACCUCCCUGCGCUCCCUGGCAGAGAGCCAGACGAGGCUCCCCUGUCACUACCAGGUGGAGGAGGGGCAGAAGGUGGUGCAGGUCACCUGGUACAAAGAGCUUCCGGAUGGCAGCAAGGAGCAAAUUAUCACCGCUCACUUCACGGACGGCCACACAGAGUUUGGGCGUUACUCUGGUCGGGUGAGGUUCGAGAGCAGCACCCCCACCGUGAACUCGGCUCUGCUCAUCCCCAGCACGGAGGAGUCGGACGAGGGCAGCUACACCUGCCAUAUCUCCACCUUCCCCAACGGAAACUUUGAGAGGCACAUCACACUCACUGUGUGGAUUUUACCCAUCUCCUCUCUGGAGUCUGUGGAUCUGAUCGAGGGCCAGUCGUUCCGCGUCGCCGCCACCUGUCGUGCCGUGGGCCGCCCUCCUCCCCGUGUCUCCUGGGACACUGAGUUGCCAGGCCAGUCCCAGAACCGCACCAGCCAAGGCGGGUCAGUGUCCAGCUACUACUCCCUGCACCCGCUGCGCGGCAUGAACGGGCAAAAACUGGACUGUUUGGUUUGGCAUCCCGCCCUGACGCAGCCACGUCGCAUCUCCAACCGCCUGAUGGUUCAGUAUCCCCCAGACGCCACCAUCUCCGCCCCUACAGGAGACUGGUUCGUGGGUUUGGAGAAAGCUGAGCUGGCCUGCAGCAGCGGAGGAUACCCCAAACCUCAGAAUCUCACCUGGAAAUGGAAAGGAGGAGCUCUGCCAGAUGGGACGUCUGUGGUUGGGGGAAAACUCAUUUUCGGGCGGGCCCUCCGUUUGAAUGACAGCGGGGUCUACACGUGUGUGGUCAAAAACAACAUAGGAGAAGGGAAGACAGAGUACAUGUUGACCGUAACGCAGGGAGGAAAUAAGAAGAUGGAUACUUGGGAUCAUGAGCCCAAGAGUUCUCAACGUAGCGACAAGUCCACCUUCGACAACAUGUUAUUGAUCAUCAUCGGCGCUUCAGCAGCAGCUUUAGUCAUAAUCUUGGUCGUCGUCGUCCUGCUGGUCAACCGCCAUCAUCGACAAAGAAACAAAAAGCUCGAGAUGGAGCUCAGCGAAAAAAAGGACGAAAUUAUCAGUUUCUCUAGACAAGCCUCCUUCAGGAGACUGAACUCUGUCAGCACAGACCCAAGAGGACAGGCUGAGGAUUACGCCCUGCUCCGAGUAGACAGCCGGAUGAAAAACAGCCAAACGUCUCUGGACCAACCCAUCUACAAAGGCAGCCAGUCCACUCUGGGUGGGAAGUGGGGGCCCCCAGGCGGGGUGGAGGUGGACGAACUGGGACGUCCUGUCGUCUGGCACGACGGCAGAGAGAGCAUGAGAGGAGGGGAGAUGGACGGAGAGAAAGAAGAGCGCAGGAGGAGGGUGGAGUCGUACCUGAAGAGCAGCAACAUGUCGCUGGACUCAGGUCUUCCUUCAUCCCUGGUUCCCCUGAAGGUCCAGCAGGAUGACGGCGUUGGACCCCGAGAGCCAGACCUGGGCCACCUCAGACAGGGAGACUCGCCCACCACGCAGUCGGUACCGGAGGGACACGAGGAAGACGACGACGACGACAACAGUUCCUACCAGAUCUCGGAGGCUCUCACCAAUCACUUCUACUACAGCAACGGCGUCCUCAGGCCAAGGCCGCACUCCAACGCUAUUCUGCUGCACCCCAGACCCCAAAUCAUCUAGACCCCAGACAGGAAGCCGGGUCUGCUUUCCUGAACUGAAAACCUUUGCAAUCCCUUAUUUCUUUUUAUACAUUGCUCACAGUGAAUAAUUAGCAAAAAAAGGACUAUCCAAAUGAUGAGAAUGUGAAUAUUUUUAUGCCUCUGGCUUUUUUUUAUUUUUAGAAAAGAUUUAUCCUAAACCUAUAAUAAAUUAUAUAUCUGGGGAGUGUUUUAUGCCUUUAUUAGAUAGUUGACAGUAGAGGCAUGACUGGAGAUAGAAAUAAGGGGAAGAAAGGGAAGGGGAAUGAUAUGCAAAACACAAUUGGGAACGUUUUUUUUAUUCCUAAUUAUUUUUGAAGAUCCGCUCAUGGAGAAUGAAGUGGCUGUCAUCAAAGUUCCUGUUACACAAUGUUUACUGUUUUAUCUGCAGAGCUAAAAUGUCACCUCCUCUGUUUUGGGUGAUUUAAAGCCGGACACAAAACAAAAGUCUCGAUGAAUCCUGACUGUCAACUUGUGGUUUCUUGUUUAUAUCAGAAACAUUCAGGGAGGAAGAGUUUCUGAGCUUUAAGGUCAGCAGGGUAAGACUAAACUGUACUUUAAAACCUUUAUAUUUGCAGUUUGAAUAGACCUUGUUAUGACCAGUUAGUGCGAAUUUGUGUACGUAUGUAUUAUAUGUAUAUGAGAAGCCAUUGUAUUUCUAUGAUAGUGUCAGUAACGGCUAAAUGCAACUACAAAACCAAAUGCUGUUACUCUGAGGACCUGGACGCAGAUGUUGGACAAAGCUUUUAAACAGCUGGAAGUCGACGGAUUGAAACGCAGCAAACUGGUGACCGAGGUUAUGUUUGUCGACACUUAACAGUGCAAACGGAAGAAAUGAAGAGACUGAAAACAGGAAAGAACUGUAAAUACCUUCUGUGUGAACGCACUGUCAAAUACUAAUAUGUAAAUUGUUUUAUAUUCAUUCAGUGUUUUUCUAUGAAACUGAAACUGACGUGUAAAUGUUUAAAAUGUUUAUUCAUAAAAAGUACAACAUAU